GGCCGCGGAUGCCACCCGGAUAGAGUACUACGCCACCGUGUCCGAGCCGUCGUGUGAGCUCAAUUUUGUCCGGUCGGGGCUUGGCUACUGCGAUGUGGUUGUUGGGUCUGGAGAGGAGGUUCCAUAUGGUCAGCUUAUUAAUGUCCACUACACCGCAAGGUUUGCUGAUGGGAUAGUGUUCGAUAGUACUUAUAAACGUGCCAGACCGCUCACUAUGCGCCUUGGCACAGGCAAGGUCAUUAAAGGAUUGGAUCAGGGCAUCUUAGGUGGUGGAGGUGUACCGCCAAUGCAAGUUGGUGGAAAGAGGAAGCUUCACAUUCCUCCGCAUUUGGCGUAUGGUCCUGAACCAGCCGGCUGCUUUUCAGGGGACUGUAACAUACCUGCAAAUGCAACGCUUGUAUACGAUGUCAAUUUUGUUGAAGUGUACAAGGGAAACAGGAAAUGAGGAGUUCGGAGUUUCAGACAAACUAUGUAGAGAAACCUAAGCAUCACACUGAAUUUGAUGACGGCUGUACAAAAAUUACAAGGGCUCCGGAGCUAGUAUCUUGUCCUAAUAUAUUCUCAAUUGGUGAAAUUUCCAGCGGUAGAAAGCAGAUUGAUUUCCUGAUAGGAAGAAAAGGACAGAAUCUCUGGGUGAAUUCCUCACACCCCUGCCUGAAAAUUGGAUGUUUUAUAUAAAGGAGGUGUAGGUAUGGGUGUUUUAGACACAGAAUUAGGACAGAACUUUGUUGCGUUCCGUCUAAGAGACUCACUGUUCAUUAUUUUACGCAUUUGAGAGACAUUGGUGCAGCAAUAUCCAUAAUCCCAAAUAGUAGUUUUUGCCUUACA